AUGAAGCAAACCAGCUAACUUAAGACAUUAUCAGAGAUUACCAAGGCUAAGAGUUUAAAAUAAAGCAUCAUCAUAGCUUUGAUACUGGACUAUACUAAUAAUUACUUGACUAGUCAAGGACCACUUGUAAGAAUAAAAAUAAUAGAUGACACAUUUACAUUUGAAAAAAAAUAAAGCUCAAAAGUGUAUUUUCAGGUGCACAAUCUGACUGAUAAAAAAUAUAUGAUGAAAAUAGGCGAUAUCGUGUAUGUAAAAGAAUUCUAAUCAUUUAAAUAGGAUAAGCCUGAAAUUUAUGAAAUAGAAACUAGUUCUCAUAUACAUGUAUUUGAACAAAACAAAUCUAAUCUUUGGUGCACCAACUGCUAAAAGAAUAUCUUGCUUUGUGAGCAGUCUCAAAAAAGAAUAUAAGAUCUUCGAGACUACAGCUUUAAAAAAUUCUCUCAAAUUAAAUUAAAAGAUUUAUAUUGGAAAGGCUUUACUAAUUCUGAUUAAGUUAUUAAAUAAAACUUUGACUUGUUGUUGAAAGUAGAUUAAAUAGAAUUAGUUAAUCUUUAAGACAUACCAAAGUAUUACAAUAUUAGAUUGGUAGAUUCUGAUCUUAAUUAAUACUAUUUAAAGGAGUAAAAUAAUGAUUUAGAAGUAGGAGAGAUUGUUAAAAUUAGAUCUGUGCAUUACUUUGUUUAAUUACUAAGAGACAAAGAAAAUCAAAUUAUAAAAAGUGACUACACAAAUGUGCAAAGACUUUAUAGAUUUUUUUAUGAUGUAGUGAAUUUCGAUAAAUUUAAGUAUGAAAUAGUUAGAUAUGCAAAAGAAAAUUAUGAUUUUGAAGAGUAUUAUCAUGAUUUAUAAGAUGAAAAUAGAAAAUUUUCUAUCAUAAAAAGGAUUCAUUAAAAUAAUUAUAACAUUACUUCUUUACAAUUUCUAUUGAACAAGCAGCAAUCUAAUGAUUACUAUUCUAUCAAGCAUAUGAAAUACAGGAUACAGUGCUACGUUAUAGAUAUUCAGCCAUCUUAUUUAUUAGAUGCUGUUAGAAGGAUAUCAUACUUUGAUAAAAAAAUUAACUAUCCUUUAAAGGAUUCAAAUUUCAAAAAUAUGAAUUAGCUAAAAAGAAUUUUAGAAGUUUAAAUUUUAGUCAAGGACACUUCAAUCGACUUGAACAAGGAUGUAGUUAAUAUUAUACUUAUUUAAGAGGAGCUUCAAAAUGAUCACGAUUUUUUUAAAGGAGUUGAAUUACUCAAAAUCGAAGAAGAAAAUGUAUAAGAGUAUCAAAAAGUUUACUAUAAUAUAUUAAAUAGACUAUUUACAGAAACAAGCUCAUCUAAAAUGGUGGAUAUUAUAGUUAAACCAUUCUUAUUUCAAUAAAAAAUUUUAUAUAAAAUUAUUGACACUCAAUUUCUCCCCUGA